AUGAUGACUUAUAGAACAUCACUAGCCAAAACCUUCAUGAAUAUUUGUUACGGUUCAUUUAGUGGAAAUCGUGCAACAAAUUAUGGAACACAAAAUUAUGAAAAUUCUAUAUCUGCAAUAACUGGAACCUCAACACACGAGCUUACUAUUGGGUUCAAUUAUUAUUGUCCAUACAGAUUUUCCAGUUCUAGCUUCUUAUAUCUGGAUAGCUUGGUUGGUGAGGAUUCAUCUGUUGAAAUCAAGUGUCCAAUGUGUGCUAGAGACCCGAAUAAGGUAAAUAAACAAAAGUAA